AUGGGCCCGCCAGUAGACCAUCAGAGAACUUCCUCGAGACGCCCCGCAGGAGCGAGGACGCGGGUUUCACCGGGGAGGCGGAGGUGGAGAAGAAGCCGGAGACAUUGCUGCCACCGCCGCCGCCCCCACCGUUGCCGUUGCCGUCGCUGUUGCCGUUGCCGUUGCCUCAGAGACCUCCUUUUCUACCGGUGA